UUGGCAUUUGGAACAAGGAAUCAACAUUUGGGAGCAGCUGACAGGCUCCACGCAGUAGGCUGAAGUUGACUGUGCUUUGUAAAACUGGCUCACCGACGCUCGGGACCUGCAGUGCCUCUGGAUUCCAGCCUCCGGGGCUCCACACCAGACAGUCUGAGAAUGCGAGUCACACUUGCUGUGACAGCCUGGAUGCUCUCUGUGGUCUCCAGUGCUUCCUCUCCAGCAAAUACUUUGCCAGAUAUCGAAAAUGAAGAUUUCAUCAAAGACUGUGUUCGAAUGCACAACAAGUUCCGAUCAGAAGUGACUCCAAAAGCCAGUGAUAUGCUAUACAUGACUUGGGACCCAGUACUAGCCCAAAUUGCAAAAGCAUGGGCAAGAAACUGUCAGUUUGCACACAACAGACAGCUGAAGCUACCCCACAAGCUGCACCCCAAUUUCACUUCACUGGGAGAAAACCUCUGGACUGGGUCUCUGUCCCUCUUUUCUGUGUCUUCAGCCGUCACAGACUGGUACAACGAAAUUCAAUACUAUGACUUCAAGACUCAGAAAUGUGACAAGGUCUGUGGCCAUUAUACUCAGAUUGUUUGGGCAGAUAGUUACAAAGUUGGCUGUGCAGUACAGUUUUGUUCUCAAGUUUCUGGCUUUGAUAGUCUUCGCAAUGGAGCACAUUUUAUAUGCAACUAUGGACCAGCAGGCAAUUACCCAACCUGGCCAUAUAAAAAAGGAUCCACAUGCAGUGCCUGCCCCAGUAAUGACAACUGUCUGGACAAUCUCUGUGCUAACCCGCAACGAGACAAAGUGACACGUUACUACUCUGUUGUGUUUCCAGACUGGCCAAUAUUUCCACGUAACAGAUACAUAUCUCUUUUCCUCAUUGUUACUCCACCAAUCCUAAUACUGAGUGUUAUAAUUAUCAGUUUGGUCAAGCACAAAUACCCUCAUUUAGUUCUUCUGAACUAAUACAAUCCAGGGGGAAAAAAACCUCAUUC